CCGAAAUACAAAAUGAAAGGAAAACAACAAUUGGGUGAUAAAAAUAGCUUUUAAUUAACAUAAACUUCCGGUCAAAUAGAAAGUAAACACAUUGAAUGUUUACAAAAAAGACUUAUUUAGACCUACUUUCCACAAAUAUGGAUUUAUUUAGUUUGCUGAGGAAUAAUUUAUCACCAUCCAAAAAGAUGAUACAUGCAAUAAACUCAAAAGAUGUUUCAUUAAUAGAGGACAUUUUGAGGUCUGGAUUUAAUGUGAAUUCAAGAGUAUACGAACAAGGAGGCGAAACUGCUCUUCAUAUAGCUGUAUCUAAGGAUAACUAUAGCAAACCUGUUAUUGAAAAACUCAUAGAAUACAAAGCAGAUCCUUCUGUCACAAAUGAUUUUGGUGUCACCUCUUUACACAGAGCAGCUUCAAAUGAUGACGCAGACAUUGCAUUCUUAUUACAACAUGACAAAAGUUCCACAUCUAUAAAUGACUUCUGGGUCUCUUUCACAAGGGAUUUUACUCGCUGGCUGCAACAUCAUACUGUAUCACCAAAAACUUUAAUGAUUCUACUAUUAGCCACCCCAAACUUUGCUAAAUACCCAGAAAAUAUUAGAAAAACUAUGUUUACAACUGUUUUAAAUGAACAGACACCAUUUUAUAACUGUUUGAAAGUUAUGGCUGUGAUAGAUAAAGCCUUGAGAAACCAGCAGAUUGCACAAAUUCCUGAUGAUGACGAAAGGAAAGAAUUUCUGGAAUGGUUAGACAAUUUUAAACGUAAGGUACCAACUCUUCAGCACUGCAGUCGGAUGGCUUUAAGACAAGCAUUUGAUAACAAAUGGAAUGUGAUAUAUGGAACUGAGAGGUUAUAUUUACCAAAAUCUCUAAAACAGUUUGUUAAGUUCAAUGAUAUAACCAGUGUUGGCUUAUCAACUUAAGGGAUUCCAAAAACUGCAUUUAAUUUAGUUGUUAUUAAAUAUUUUAAAAAUGAACACAGUUUCUCAUGUAUAAUGUUUUAUAUAACUAUUUUACUUUUAACUUUUUUUCACUAAGAAUACUUCAUUAAACAGUAAAUUGUA